CUGUUGCUCACCUCCGCGCAUCGCAUUGCCUCACAGCCCUCACCUUACCCACCUUCCCACCUUCCCGCCUGCUGCCACUACCACCACCACCACCACCUCCCUCCUUCUUCUCCUCCUCCCCUCCCUCUCCCCUUCUUCCUUCCCUUCUCUUCCUCCCCAUCCACCUCCCUCACCACCAGAAUCAUCUCCUCUCCUUCACAAUGCUGUCCACCCUCCGAGUCGCCAGCCGCCAGGCUGCCUUCCGCCCCGCCCAGCUCAGCGUCAUCCGCGCUGCUUCCACUUGGGCCAACGUUGCCCAGGGCCCUCCUGCCGACAAGUUCGAGAAGAAGAUCAACCUGGGUGUCGGUGCCUACCGUGACGAUGCUGGCAAGCCCUACGUCCUCCCCUCCGUCCGCGAGGCCGAGCAGAAGGUUGUCGACAGCAAGCUGAACAAGGAGUACGCUGGCAUCACCGGUGUCCCCGAGUUCGCUCCCGCUGCCGCCAAGCUCGCCUACGGUGACAGCGUCUCCCUCGACCGCGUCGCCAUCACCCAGACCAUCUCCGGCACUGGUGCCCUCCGCAUCGGCGCUGCUUUCCUCGCCAAGUUCUUCCCCGGCGAGAAGAAGAUCUACAUCCCCAGCCCUUCGUGGGCUAACCACAAGGCCGUCUUCAGCCAUGCCGGCCUCGAGGUUGAGCAGUACAGCUACUACGACAAGAAGACCAUUGGCCUCGACUUCGAGGGCCUCAUCGCCGACGUCAAGGCCGCCCCCAACGGCAGUGUCUUCCUCUGGCACGCCUGCGCCCACAACCCUACUGGCGUUGACCCCACCCCUGAGCAGUGGAGGCAGAUCUCCGAUGUUGUCAAGGAGAAGGGCCACUUCUCCUUCUUCGACAUGGCCUACCAGGGCUUCGCCAGUGGUGACACUGAUAAGGAUGCCUUUGCCGUCCGUCACUUCGUGAAGGAGGGCCACAACAUCGCCCUCUGCCAGUCUUUCGCCAAGAACAUGGGUCUCUAUGGCGAGCGUAUUGGUGCCUUCUCUUUCGUCUGCGAAGAUGCCGCUGAGAAGAAGCGCGUCGACUCCCAGCUCAAGAUCAUCAUCCGCCCCCUGUACUCCAACCCCCCCAUCCACGGCGCCCGCAUCGCCUCCGAGAUCCUCAACGACCCCACUCUGUACAAGCAGUGGCUCGGUGAGGUCAAGGAGAUGGCCGACCGCAUCAUCACCAUGCGCGCCCUUCUCAAGGACAACCUCGAGAAGCUCGGCUCCAAGCAGGACUGGUCUCACAUCACCAGCCAGAUUGGCAUGUUCGCCUACACUGGCCUCUCCCCUGAGGAGAUGGACCGUCUCGCCCAGGAGUUUUCCGUCUACGCUACCAAGGACGGACGUAUCUCCGUUGCCGGUAUCACCUCCGACAACGUCGGCCGUCUGGCCGAGGCCAUCUACGCCGUCCGGGGUUAAGUGGUGUCGAGGCAGAUUAGCGAGUGCACGGGUACCGGAGUGGCCCUGGCGGUUCGAAUGAUGUCGUUUUUGGUUCUCCUCCAGGAUAGGUAGAUCGGAACAGCUUUGCAGGAAUCUAAUGAACCAGGAGUGUUGGUCUGGGAUAGACUGCAAAUACCCAAGUCUCAGGUCUGGGUCGGGAGCAAAUUCUUGGCUUAGAAAGAACAGAGACAACCCCCAAAAUCAAAUGUACGAUGAUAUGAAUUAUAAAC